AUGAAUACCCUCUCCAUCCUCCUGGUGAUCCUCCAGUUCCUUGCUAGCAUCAAUUGCACCCUAACCGCGCCAUGGAAUGAUCUUGACAAAAGAGCAGCCAACGGCGGCGGCGGAAGUGGCGGAGGACACGCAGUAGGAUAUUCCGCGGGCCACGCAGGAAGAGGCGUUGCCAUCACGGGCGCUGCAGCCCUUUUACUCUUCCAUGGAACAUCCGGAGGUCGUGUCAAGAGCACUCUAGACGAUUGCAACGGCGACCCUUUCGCGGCCUACGUCUACUUUAAGGACCCGGCCGUGCCCGACACGAUCCUCUGCAUCAACACACCCUGGUACUACCGCUACAACCACGACCUCAGGGGAAAGGCGCUUCCUAACGCAGGAUUUGUCGACGUGUCGAUGGAGGUUUACAUCCCGUAUUGUGGCUGGCAGCAUGUAGGCGGCGUUGGCAAAAUAGGCGUUUGGCGCGGGGCGUAUGGCUACCAUAAUGCUACGUUGAAUGGGACGAAGGUGGAUAAGCCGAGCGAGCAGACGCUGCGAAGGAUUAGGAAGAUGUUGGAGGAGACGUAUCCUACUUCUGAGAUUGCUAUGAUUUGCUUCUUUACUAUCGGUGGGCCUGCUGCGUUUGUUACCUUUGUGAUUCUCUGCUGCAGGCCUAGGAGGCGCCAUUAGCGGCUCUGUUGGUGGAGAUGGCCGAGCUGUUAAAGAAGAUAAUUUGAAGACUUUCGGGCAUGGAGGUAAUUGGGGAUUGUGACAGGCUCGUAGAAUU